AUGAGAUUGAAAGAUGAUAGAAACCAUUUCAACUCUCCACCUUUUGGCAGUCAUCUGUGGGUCAAUCCUCUGGUGGGGACUGUCAAAAUUAACUGUGUCGAUGCAUGGGACAAAGUUACGAAUGCAGGCUCUGUAAGGGUAGUGAUAAGGGAUCAUACUGGUAGUCUGCUUGAUGGUAGUGCGCAUUGUUUUCAGUCAUCACCAGUUGUGCAGGCUCAGUGUCAUGCGAUCCGAAGUGGAUUAGAGCUGGUCCAUGAAAAACUCUCUAAUUCUUCACCUCAUACAUACAUCAAGCGGCCAAAGCCUAAACAGAGAAAGAAAAGUCAGUGGGUCAGAAAAGAUUCUUGGGUUGGGAGGAUCCUCAUAUUUGGAGUGAUCAUGUUUACCAUUUCAAAGGGAUUUGCUGUUAUAUCUGCAACUAAGAACCUUCAACUACCGUUCAUAGAAGAUAUAUUUGCAUCAGGGCGCACAAGAUUUUUGGAAUGGGUGGUUUCGGAAAAUCAGAUCAAGAGCAACAUGCUCUCUUUUGCAACAACAAUUGACAACAUCAGACAGAGACUUGAACGUCGGCACGAUGUCUUAAAACUGCUAUCAAAGACACCUUUUUGGGCAUUAAUAGAAGCAUAUAUCCAGAGAAGGUUAACAAAGGUAGAGUGCAUGAAGUCUAACUACGACAUUGUGAGACUCAUACAAGUUUAUGACACAAAGACAAAGAAGUUCAAGUUUAAUGAUGUUGACAGCGAGAUGAAAAGCAAUGAUGUGGCUGAAAUUUUUGGCUUGCCAAACAGUGGCAAGAAGUUACCAAGCACAACAACCUCAACAAGGCCAAAAUUGCAGUUUGUAGAGAAAUACUUCGUGCGGUAUAAGAAGAUAACAAAGACUUCAAUUGAUAAGUGCUUGAAUUUAGCACUUGAAGAUGAAACAGAAGAGGGUGCUAUGGAUGUAACAAGAUUGAUAAUCCUACAACUCUUCAUGACCAAUCUAUUCUGCAACUCUGGUUGUACACUUGCUUGGACAUAUACAACCACAAUAGACACCUUAGAAGAGAUGGGGAAAUAUAAUUGGGCUCAAGGAGUUUUGGACUACAUGUAUUUUGGAUUAGAACAAGCAAAGAAGAACAAGAAGGACAAAAAAAAGCAGCCAAGCGUGAGUGGCUGCCUAAUCCUAAUACUGUAUUGGCUGUGUCAAAGAUCUAACCUGCUCACUCCAAUUCCUAGAAGAGAACAAAUGACACCAACUGCUGUCAAAUGGAGUCUUCAAGAACUCAGCGCGAAGCUUCAUCAUCUAAAGAACAACCAGAUAAAGAUAAAAAGCACUAAAGCUCAAGAGCCAGAUGAUGAUUCUGAAGAAGAGAAUGAAGAGAAUGAUGAUGAUUCUGAAGAAGAGAAUGAAGAGGAGGAUGAUGGUGCUGAAGAAGUGAAUGAAGAGCAUGAUGAUGAUGCUGCUGAAGAAGUGAGUGAAGACAAGGAUGAUGCUGCUGAAGAGGUGAAUGAAGAGCAUGGUGAUGCUGCUGAAGAAGAAAAUGAAGAGGAGGAGGAUGCUGAAGUGAAUGGAGACCAUGAUGAUGCUGCUGAACAUCAAGUCCAGCAACACCACCAGGUACAAGAAGACCUCCAAAAUGAAAUCCCAGAAUACCGGAAUUCAACGUUGUUUGAGGAAAUUGUUAGAUCAGUACCAGAAUACAAGGAGGAUGAAAUACAGCUUACAAAAGAGUAUAUGAUGGCGAUCAAUAAUGCUGCUGAAUAUUGGACGAAGAAAGAAGAGCAUCAAAAGAUCCGUGAUGCAAUAGCAUCUUGCAUUAAAAAGAAUAAAUUGAUUCAGAUGCUGUACAAUGAAAAAGAAGAAUUAUUGAAGCAUCAGCAGCAACUGCAGAAGAUGGUUAAGGAAGCAGCACAUCACAAGAAAGUCAUACAAUUAGAUGUUCAUCAGGAAAAAUCCUACAUGACAAAGCUGCAGCUAGAAAAUGAUCAACUUCUUGCAGAGAAGAUUUCCUACUUGGACAUUAUUAAUGAAAAGGAAGCUGUUAUUGUCUCGUUGAGAGAUCAAAAAUUAGCGCAAGAACUGCAGAGUGAAGAGGAUAAAGAAGAAAAGAAAGAAGGUGAAGCAGAAAAGAUAAAAUCAAGAAAACCAGAUUCCUCAUUCCCUAAAGCAGAGACGAGAGCACAAAAGAGAAAGGCACAAAAAAAACCAGCCAAAUCAAAGAAGAGGGCCAAAGUUGAUGGUGAUAGACAUGCAUUAGAUAUAAGAUUUCAUAGGAUACAAGCAGUGUUAUUACCCUAUACUGGAACUUUACAAUGCACUGCUUUUUGGCAAGGGACAAGCAUUUUGUUCAAAGAUGACAUACAAAGCUUAUUAAGAGAUACUGAAAUUUAUGGACAAAUCAUAGAUGCGUAUGCCGAGAUACUUCAUCAUGAUGAAAAGAAGGACCCUAAAAGACAACAGAAUGCAUACAUCACGUGCUACGCAUACAGGUAUCUCACAGAUAAAAUGCACCCAAGAACAUUCGAUGAAUAUUUUGUCAAACUCCUUGAAUGCAUAGGGAAAACUUCAAAGGUGUUCAUACCAAUAACGGAUGGCGGACACCACACCCUGCUUGUCUUCGACACCAAUUCAUUGCAAUGGACGCACUACAACUCAUUGAGGGGGGAAACUGAGCAAACCGUUGAAUACUACAACAAAAAAGCAAUAAUUUUGGUAAGACAGACUCCUACUAUGAACUGUUAA